AUGGUCAGGCCUCUUCUCUUCGCAGCUUUCUGUGCCGCUACGGCAACAACCACUCAAGCCUUCUCCUGGGGAAGUGAAAGAAGAGUGGCAGUUCCCGACCAUCAAGUACACCUCGACCGCGAUAUCCAACCUUCAGACUUGCUUCGAGAAUCUUCACGCCCACCAAACAUUUACGCCGUUGCCCUAAGUGAACUCCAAGAACUUGAAUCGGAACCGUUUUGCCAUCGUGUCGCCGCCCGACUCCUCGUCAACAACUGCCAGCUAGUAGACGGAAAGAACGACGCCACGAUACUCACAGACACUGGCCGACAAGUUCGUGACUUUGUGGAUUCCUACGCCGCCAGUCUAGCGAUAUGUGAUCUGGAGCGAGGCAGGUUUAAUAUCCCGGCGCAAUGUGCCAAGUUUCGCGAACCAGCCCUGAGUCAGAUUGCGAUCCGGGAUAAAGCGCAACUCCACGUUAGCAGUCAUGAGAUCGACCAUUGUCUGUCUGCCAUGAAAUCGUCAGAUGCUGCGUGGAAUACGUGGAUCAGUUACCGACACAAGGCCUUGCGGUUCUGCGAGGCGGCCAGAGCGGAUAAUGAGAAAGAAGGAGUGGAAGACGAACUUCACAAGCGAAUGGAUCAACUUGACCUUCGAACACAGGAAUCCAUCAAGAAUCUCGAUAACCUCACACCACAGAUCGACAAAUUGAGAGAUGGACUUGCCAUGGUUCAUGACUAUCUGGCGACCGAUGUUGGAGCAGUACUUCGAAGGUCUUCUGCCUCUCUACACGACAGCCAACAACAAGCCGAAGACCUACAGAAGCUGCUCAACAUACUGCUCACCGGUGUUCUCGACGGUCACUCAAAAGUUGCCCACGCACACGAACAUGCGCUCCAACAAGUCUCCGUUCGAGCGAACGAUGAUAUCGGCGCCCUAGUUGCGGUAGUUGCCACAGCUGCGGCAUCAACCACCGCACUGCAACAACAAAUCGAACUCUCCAACCAACAAGCCGCCGCCCUAGCCCGCCGUCAAGACAACCUCGAGCAAGGAAUGGACCGCCUCCUAGCCGUCACCGAGACUCUCGCGACCAAAUACGAAGACCAAACACAAAGACUCCAACAAGCCUCCAAUAUCACCAACGAGAUUCUCGACAUACUAGAGGACACCGCCGAAGCAGCAUCAUUGGUCAACGAAUCCUUCCUAACCGGUGCCCCAUCGCGCAGCUGGUGGCCGUACCUCGUUUGCCCUACUGCUUCUCUCGUCAUGGGAUCGUAUGGCCUACCACCCUCUGCUAUUCGUAACCUCGCUCUGUUGGCGCUCGGUGAGGUAGCUGGGUUUAUGGUUUCGUCGUAUGAGCAGAUUGCUGGUGCUUUGCAGUCUUUUGAAGGCCCUCUUUAUUCGUCGAUUUGGCAGGUCGCCGUAAACACAACUGCAAACACCACUGCAUCCAUACCAUCACUCUAG